AUGUCCUCCAAAUUACUAUUCUCCACCUUCGAAGUCACAACUCAGGCUUUCUACCGUGCUUCGUUGUCUUAUGCGAUUGUCAAUCUCAAGCCUAUAGUCCCCGGCCAUGUACUUGUGAUACCUAACAGAAAUGUCCCCCGCAUAACAGACCUCAACGACGAUGAACUUGCAUGCAUGAUGCGCUCUAUCAAACGCGUUGGCAGUGUUAUCCAGAAAGUAUACGGUGCGAAUGCAUUGACCAUUGCUUGCCAGGAUGGGGUAGGGGCUGGUCAAUCAGUUCCACAUGUUCACUUUCAUCUCCUCCCUCGCAAAUCCACCGAUCCAUUUGCUGGGAGAAACGACGAUAUUUACCCAGAGCUGGAAAAGACGGAAGGGAAUUUAGCCUCGGAUAUGAAUGAUGUGUCAGGAUCUUCCCGUCUUAAAGUCGACGCUGACGAAGAUAGGGCACCCCGCUCUCUUAGAGACAUGGAAGAAGAAGCUGCUCACCUCAGACGAUUUUUUACGGAAGCUGAAUCACCCUAG